CGAUGCUGGUGACAAAGUUCCUCCUCUCGCCUGCGGGCCGUAAGAAGCUCUGAUUCAUCUUUUCUGGCGCUUUGAUUCGUCCCGCUGAGACCGACGGAAGUCGACAUGUCUUCAGGUUUCGGGCUCGGAUUCGGUCUGGAGAAGCGGGGUUCGCGUGAAACCGUUCUGUAGAACAUCAAACGCCGCCGCCGCCGCCUCGGAGCUGCUUUCAGACGCGCCGUCGCUCAUUUCUCAGCGUUUCUAAGCCAUGGCCUUCUUUGUGAAGAAGAAGAAAUUCAAGUUCCAGACGCAGCUGACCCUGGAGGAGCUGACCGCCGUGCCUUUUGUCAACGGGGUUCUGUUCUGCAAGCUGCGGCUGCUGGACGGAGACUUUGUGGCCACUUCUUCCAGGGAAGAGGUUCAGGAGAACUGCGUCUGCUGGAGGAAGAGGUUCACCUUUGUGUCUAAAAUGAGUGCCAACCCCCACACUGGAGUUCUGGACCCGUCUGUCUGCAGGGUGUCGGUCAGAAAGGAACUCAAAGGAGGAAAAGCGUACAUGAAGCUGGGCUUCACAGACCUCAACAUGGCGGAGUUUGCCGGUUCAGGCUCCACCAUUCGCUGCUGUCUGCUGGAGGGAUACGACACCAAGAACACGCGGCAGGACAACUCCAUCCUGAAGGUGAUCAUUGGAAUGACUCUUUUGUCUGGAGAUCCCUGUUUCAAGAGGCCUCCAAGCACAGCAAAGUCCAUCUCUGUCCCCGGACAGGAGCACGCCCUGCAGCUGGACUGUAAGGGGGAGGGAACGGCCGAACCCGGACCGGCCGUGGGGGUUUCUCUGGGGCGGGCCCCAAAGCCUCGGCCUUCCAUCAUCAGCUCGGGUUUGCUGGAUGAGACAGAGGGGAACCAGAACCAGUCCUCUUCCACAGAAGCGUUCCAGUCCGGUCACUCUCGGAACUCCAGUUACGCCAGCCAGCACAGCAAAAUCUCAGGCUACAGCACGGAGCACUCCUGCUCGUCCAGCCUGUCGGACCUCACGCACCGCAGGAAUACCUCAACAGGAAGCAGCGCCUCUGGGGGUCUGGGGUUCACCGCUGACCCUCCACUUGAAGGCGAGAAGGACGCUGGACGUCCGGAAAGGCCGCCCCGGCCCCCGCGGCCCGCUCUGCCCCCAAACAGGCCUCCCAGGAGGAAGCAGGAGGCCGUGGAGAAUCGCCCGUCCUGGGUGAACGACACCCGCAUGGAUGCAGACGACAUCGUGGAGAAGAUCGUCCAAAGUCAGAACUUUGCAGACAUUAACAACUCGGAAGACAGUAACCUGCGGCUGUUCGUCAGCAGAGACGGGACCACGGCGCUCAGCGGCAUCCGGCUGGGAAACAGGGUUCCCGCCGGCGGAUACGAGCCUGUGGUCAUCGAGAGCCACUGAGGCGCCGGCCCCUUCACCUGCAGAUCAUCCGCUCUUAUGUCUCCGGUUGUUCUUUGGCUUCAGCUGGUCUGGCGCCCGAAGAGGGAAACCUGUCCAUUUGCACUUUAUGUGAAGCCGAUCGCCAAGCUCCGCCCAUCUGUGAGCUCCGCACAUCUGAGCUCCGCUGAUCUCUGAGCUCCGCCCAUCUGAGCUCUACUGAUCUGCGAGCUCCGCCCAUCUGAGCUCUGCUGAUCUCUGAGCUCCGCCCAUCUGAGCUCUGCUGAUCUCUGAGCUCUGCUGAUCUCUGAGCUCCGCCCAUCUGAGCUCUGCUGGUCGGCGCUCAUGUGUCUGUUAUUUUUAAGGGCCGCUCCACAUAGAAGCACAAAAAUCUCCUCUUUCUUUUUUUAGAUUUCAGAAAGCCUCAAGUUUCAGGAUUUCUUUCUGCUGGAGGCUCUGCCACUCGUGUCCCAGAAAUGUCCAAAUAAAAUGAAUGAAAGCAGCUCUUCCAUCUCACCUUUGGGUCUUCCUGUCGCCAAAGCCUUCCUCCUGUUGGAGCAGACCGUUAGGACUUUGGGUGAGGGCUGCGGUGCGGCUCGGUUCCUUGGGGUCGGGACAGAGGAGGUUCAGCACCAACACUUCUAAACGUCACUCCGCUUCGUCCUCACAGCUCGUCUCCUCUGACGCCUUUCACUGACCCCGUCCCUCCUCACCUUUGUCAUCCUGAGUCCUGACGCCAAUGUUGGCUUGAAGCUGAAUUUCGUCCCGCGUCAGCUGGGAUGUGGCCCGGGCUAGGUCCCUGCAGCUGGGGGGGGGGACACAUUGAUGAUGAGGACUUCAGUUCAUGUUCUGUCAGAUGUCAUGUUCUGGAUUGAAUGUUUAGACACUGUUUCUCCAUUGGUCCAGCCAGCUGUGGACCCAAAGUUUAGGACGUGAAAAUGUUCCCCUUUCAUCCAAACUGACUCAAGCCCCUCCCAGCAGUGCAUGUGUUGCACGGCAACAGAGCUGGGAUCACACUGGAUGUGGUCAGCACUUAAGGAAACCACUGAACAGAAACUGCUGUUUCUCCUCGGCAGAACCUCUCCAUGCCUGCAGAGUUUCUCUGGAAGGAGCAUGAAGCACGAUGACGGUUGUGAUGACAGAGUGCUGAAGAUGAAGAGAAAUGUUCCCACUUUUUGGUGGAACACAGGGUUCUGCUAAAGUUCUGCACUCUAACUGCUCCUCUGCUGCCCCCUGGUGGUCAUGAUUGUAUUUUUUCCAGUCUAGAUCCCCCCCCCCAGCUCUCUCUCAGGCUCUUGUGAUAGAUGUCAAACGUUUUAGUUUAGUUUUUUUUAGAAGAAGGCUGGUUUUCUGCAGGACAGUAGCGAGCAGAAGUCGUGUUCCUGCAUUGCAGCCUCUUCAUCGUGUUUGGAUGUUUUAGUGAAUCUGCUGUCUUCAGCUCAUGACACACAAGUUACUUCACACUUUUUUUCCCUAAUUCAUCACAUUAAAGUCACUUUUGGGGAUGAACCACUGAAAGCUAACACAAUAUUUGGGUUUACGUCACCAUGGCAACAUCUUUUCUUUUAAAGCAUUUAAUAUUUUAAGCCUUUUUGUUGGAGGUUGUUAUAAGCUAUGCACAAAAGUCGCCCCAGAGCUUUUUUUCUUUUAGGGAUUCUAACAAAUUUUAUUGUAACAAAACUUGUUUGACCUAAAUGUAUAGAAGAUUGAGAUGGAACUGAGCUUCCUGUCUCCAAACACUUUAGGCACAAUAUGUUUCUGUAUUUUACUGCAGAAAUGACUAAUAAACCAUGAAAGCAUACGUUGAA